CUGGUCAAUAUCAAAACAGCCUCAAUCCCACUGCCAGUCUGUCAUCAACGUACAUGGACAUCGUCACAUCUUUGGCCAUUCCAUCACAGCCACCGGCCAGAGUCCCUCAACGACACCACGUACUGGACUGCGCAGAGUACAUAACGAGUCCACGGCAGCCUGCAACCAUGGAAAUCACCACGCUCUCAACGAUCUUCACAGCUACCACUGAACGAUCACCGCUGGUCAAAUCUACGCAUUUGAUAUGGCCCGGCUAAACUGGUCCCCAUCUUCACUUCCUUCGCUCAAGAAACGCACCUACAUUGUCACCGGCGGUAACACAGGCAUUGGCUAUUGGACCGUCCACCACCUAGCCCUCCACGGCGCAACAGUGUUCAUGACCUGCCGGACCGAGGAGAAGGGCAAGGCAGCGUUGGCCGCCCUGCAGUCCUCAAUCAAACAGUCCAACCCGUCCAUCACGCCCGAUAUCCGCUCAGUAACAAUGGACCUGAUGUCCCUGCGCAGCGUCCGCGAAGCCACCACCAAGAUCCUGUCAGAAAUCACCCAACUCCACGGCAUUGUCAACUCCGCCGGGAUCAUGGCCACCCCCUAUGCCAUGAGCGAAGAUGACUACGAGUCGCAGCUCCAAACGAACUAUCUAUCCCAUUGGCUGCUGACAUACCUGCUACUCCCGCUGCUGGAAUCAACGGCAGCCGCCAGCAACGAGCCCGGCACAGUGCGCAUCGUCAACGUCAGUUCCAUUGGCCACGCAGCCGCGCCAAAGGAAGGCAUCAACUUCGCGGACACAGCGCUGACCGGAUCCUUCACGUUCCGCCGCUACGGCCAGAGUAAACUUGCCAACAUUCUGCACGCCAAAAGUCUGCAUGCGAGAUACAACCGCGCAACCACAUCCUCCAGCAACAAAAUAUUGGCGCUGUCUCUCCACCCAGGCAACGUGGACACCCAGUUGAACACCCAGUCGUGGGGAGCGGCGCUCGUGCCGGUCCUCAGAUGUCUCGGCGUGUACAUCACACCCGAGGAAGGCAGUUUCAAUUCUCUCUGGGCCGUGGCAUCUCCUCAAGUCACCGUGGGGAUAUCAGGAGAGUAUUUCGUGCCUGUCGGCGUGAAGAAGGAGCCUAGUAAAUUGGCGAGAGACGCCCAGUUGGCGGACAAGUUGUGGAAUUGGACGGAGCAGGAGUUGAGGAGUAAAGGACUUCUCCAGUGAUGACGUCAAGGCACCAGACGUCUCAAGUUCUGGGAACCGAAGUUGUAUCCUCAUGUUCCCCCAUAACAAGAGGAGCGAUAUGCUCGGAUUUGUUUGUAGAUUCAAGCUUCUCUUCCCCUCAAAAUGUGAGGACACUCGUUAUAUACUCCAACCAGAUUUCCUCCAGGAAUGGGGAUUCAGCUUCCAUUAUUAUAUCAUAAUAUGCGUCUCGUCGUAUGAGCCCAG